CAGUUAAACAUUUUAUCAGCCUCAGUCUAUAAAUCUAUUCACUGGACCCAUUUACAAUUAGUUCAUUAUUAACUACAAGAUGGCGGUUAGCAUUUCGUACAAAGCAUUUUUUGUCGGAGAGAAUGAUGAGUCUGAGGUUAGGAGGUUCACCAUAGACAAGGAAGUAAGCAGCAACUUUAGCUAUUUGAGGGAGAAGUUGAUGAUGGUAUUUCCCGAACUGCAGACAAAGAAGUUUAGUAUUCUCUGGACUGACACUGAUGGGGACAAUGUUACCAUUGCAAAUGAUGAAGAGCUUGCAAUUGCUCUGACAGAGGUCACUGGCUCAGUGCUUAAGAUAACUAUAGCUGCUAAAGAUGUCAAAAGAGGUGCGCUUAAGAAUGAUGUGAAAAUGCAUCCCAAUAUCACCUGUGAUGGCUGUGACGGUCCAAUCAUAGGUAACAGAUACAAAUGCCUUGUUUGUUCUGACUAUGAUCUUUGUGAAGUAUGUGAGGGCAAGGGGACCCAUAAGGAGCACAAUAUGGUGCGUCUUACCUCACCGCAAGGUGUCUGGCCACAGCACUUCUUUAAAAGGCUUCAUCGUAUGCAGGAAAGAGCCGGAGGUAGAGAGCAUGUAAGAACAGAAUGUGAUGAGAAAGGAGAAUCAAAGAUCAAUGAACAUGGGACAACAAUGAGGGGAAAACAAGGGACUAGAGGAGCAUAUAGAGGAAAACAUAACUUGUUCCGAAACAACCCAUUUGAUGCUAUGAUGCAGAACUGGAAAACUACAUCAGAGGACAAGACGAAAAAAGAAGAUUCCCAUGAAGAGUCUCCUGAAAAGUCCAAAAACCUUGUUUACAACACAGCAGAAGAUGCUUCAAAAGCUCUUCAUAAGGCAGCAGCAUUUUCUGCUCACAAAGCAGCAGUUAAUGCAGCAAGUGCAGCUACAGGAGUAGCAGCUGGAGCAACAGUCUCUGCUGAAUAUCUUCAAAAUCUUGGAGACUACCUGGCAACCACCCUUGGCCCUUAUGGUAUUGAUGUGGAUGUCAGCCCCUCCAAAAAAGGAAGUUUAGAAGGGGCCCAGACUGAGCCUGAUGUUGGGAUAGAAAAACCAUACUGCUUUUCCGUUCAGUCUGAAGUUAAUGCAGUAAGCCAUGGUGCAGAAGGAUGUAUCUAUCCUAAACUGCCAGCAGUUGAAAGCAGUAAGCUUGAGAGCAUUUUUGGGAGUGAAUCUAAAUUUGAUUCUAUAGUACCUAUCUCCGGGUCCAAUUCACCCAUCUCCAAUCCAACUGAACCUGUCUCAGAGCUCAGCCGAACUAUCUCUGAAUCCACUACACCUAUAUCGAAGCCAACAGCACCUGUUUCAGAGACCAUAGCGCCUAUGUCAUCUGCACCUAUAAAGGAGUCCACUGCACCUGUUGCAGAGUCCACUACACCUAUUGCGGAUCAUCCUGAUCCUAAGAUCCGUACUGCUCUUCAGGUGAUGCUUAACAUGGGAUUCCAGAAUGAAGGUGGCUGGCUUACUCAUAUAGUUGAAGCUAAGCAGGGGGACAUUGGACAAGUGUUAGAUACUCUUCAACCUGUGAGAAACUAAAUUUAUUUUCAAUGUCAAAAACAGGUUUUUAUCAUUUGUAUUUAAUCUUAUUAAUCAUGUGUUUAACCCAAUUAUCUAGAAAGCUAAACAAGCUCUAACUAAUCUGCGUUUAAUGUUUAUAUACAGUUAAUCAUUAGGCUUCUUAACACUGCUUCAAGUUUAUAAUAAAGUUAUGAAAUAUACUAAAAUAUUAUA